ACCUCUCCCAAGCCGCGCAGAAUCUUCUCGCCCGCCACCCACCACAAACAAACUCACACCCUCCAGAAACGGCGAAAAACAGUGGGCUCUAUCUACCCAUCACACAACAACACCACAAUCCACUCCCCACCAACCCAUCAACUCGCAAUCACGACCCAUUCGGCCUUAAACCUUAGACUCUACACGAAAGGAUACGGGAAGAUAAACGCAGAGGUAUUAUGGCACGUUCCAAAUCUCGUGCCCAUUACAACGGGCCCUCAUCACACUACCCGUAUGCGCGUCUACCCGCAAACACACCACCAUCCGUAACCCCACCUCAUAGGAAGAUGAGAGUGAAGAGGACACUAGUAUCAUACGAUCGUUUACCGGAGGAGACUAGUAAGAGGGGGCGAGAGCGGAAAAUGAAAGUUCGGAAGUGGCUUGAGGGGGGAAAGGUCGGAGGUAGUGGUCGCGGUGGUGAUAGAAAUAGCGAGGGUGAAGUUUCUGGUGGACAUGAAAUGGUAGUCCUUGGUGGUGGUGAUGUCGAAGAAGACGAAGAGAAAACGGAGGUAGUGGAGGAGGAGGAGGAGGAGGAGGAGCAGGAGAAAGGUGGACCUCCGGAAGUCGAGCUUGUCGACGACAUGGAAACUGACAUAGACACCGACGACCACCCUGUCGAAGAUUCCACCGAUAUCGAAAACCUCGAUCCAUCUAGCCUAUGCAGCUCUUCUUCUCCAGCCCCUGUCCGCAAACGCAUGCGUCUCUCCGACAGCAUCUACGACUCACCAUCGAAACUGCACCAAGCCGGUCGACGAAUGCCAUUCACCAGCCAUUGCUACCAACACAACAAAGCUUGUCUCUCCCAGCCCUUAUCCCUCACCCCACCCGGACCCCAUAAACCCUUCCCACCACUCUCAUCAACACCCCUACAUCGUGCCCUUGCCACACUAAAAUACGACACCAACCCCCCAGACCGUCCAUCCUGGGUCACUGGAAUCCAUAAACCACUACCACAUCCAUCUCUCACCAUCAAUCAAUAUAAUCAGAUCCUAACGACGAUGUAUUUCAAGGAGAUUGAGAGGUUGGAGCCGAUACGGAAGCAACUGUUGAAGCGGAAUAACCCUGGUCAUAGAUACAACUACGGUCACAGUGACGAAGAUGGAGAGGGAGAUGAAGAUGAAGCCGGCAGAGAGGCAGGCGAAUGGCACUACAAUAGUUUCGGCUCAACUCAAGAAGUUGAGAAGCUCUGGACGAAGGGGACGGUACUUGCACGCGGGGUGUGGAAAUUUGUGGACGCUGAGGGAGAGGUACGGGAUGUGGUUUUGGAUGAAUGGCCGAGGGAUGUUUAUGGGGAAAAGUUGGGUUGGGGUGUUUUGAGGGGCGUAAGGAGGGAGGUGGGUAGUAAGAAUAGGGACAGUGGGAGUGGGAGUGGGAGUGAUGGAAACGAGAUCGAAGAGGAUGGGAAGGAUGAGGAAGAUGCGGAGGGGAUGAAACAGAAGACGAGGGGUAAGAUUUGGGCUUGGGAUGUUGAUGGAGGUGGUGACGAGACUGAAUGUAAGGAGGGGGAGAGGACGGGUGAGGACGAGGGAGACGAGGCGGAUGAUGAGGAUGAUGAUGCUGAAGGAGAGGGCGAGGAUUAGCCGGCUCUGGUUAUCUUUACUGAUGUACGUGCAUAAAGCCAGAUGGCUGCCAGCAAUUGCUCUUGUAUAAUACUCUUGGCUUCAUGGUUGGUGCAAUUGCCUGG